AUGGCGGCGUCCGAUAUCGUUGGAUUGUGCGGGAACCUUACUUUGGCGGAUGUGGAUGAUGAAGAUCUUUCCAUGCAACUUCCAAACAUCCCCCUUGAAGAACAUGGUAACGAUGAAGAGGUUUAUGCAGUUGGUAGGUUGGUUUCAGAUAAACCUGUCAAGUUCCAAUACUUUCAAGACACCAUGGCAGGCGUCUGGAGACCAGGGAUGGGCUUUACGAUGAAGCAACUUCAGACUCACCGUUUCUUAAUCCGCUUCUACCAUGAGGCUGAUCUUGUCCGUAUUUUGAAUGAUGGCCCCUGGAGCUUUGAACAACACCUAUUUGUGAUGCGUCGACUUCUCCCUAAUGAGGAUCCGGAGGAGGCUGAUUUGCAGUGCGCUGAGUUUUGGAUUCAGAUACAUGGAUUACCGGCUGGUUUUCGAUCUGAUGCAGUUGUGUCGGCUAUUGGUUCUUUUCUGGGCGUUUUCGUGAAAUCUGAUGAACGCAACUUCGAUGGCUCCAUGCAUACUUUCUUUAGAGUUCGCGUUGCUGUUGAUGUUGGCAAACCUCUGAAGACUAAAAUGAAACUAAAACGUGAUAAUGGAGCUUGGUCGAUCGUAGAGUUCCGCUAUGAAAGACUGCCCACGUUCUGCUUCCUCUGUGGUAUUUUGGGUCAUGGUGAGAAAUUCUGUCACAAGGUGUUUCGGGGCAGUGGAGCAGACGUAGAGAAACCCUACGGUCCCUCGCUGCGUGCGGGUCAGAGACGUGGAACUCAGUUAGUUAACCAGCGAUGGGUUGCACCGGCUUCGCACAUUGACAGACGCAACUGGGUUGCCCCUGCGAAGAGUGGUGAUAUUGCUAUCGAUUCUGACAUGUCUAGGAAUUUAAACACUGAUACGGAUGGUGCAAAUCAAGCCGGGAAAGGAAAGGAGUUAAUGCAAGUGUGUGUUCCAAUGAGUAACCCUAUUACUAAGCCUGAUAGUGUGUGUGUUGAACAGAAGAAACGUAGACACGUGGAGGAGGGCGAGGGUACUGGAACUUCCAUUACCAUAAUGGACUAUGAGCAUGUUGGUUCAAAAAACAUGGAGAAGGCGGGUUUGGCAUUGCAAACCCGCCCAGAUCAAUGA